UACCCUGCAAACAGACAAAAGCAGAUAAAAGCACGGCUGGAUCAGUGGUUUCUCUCCUGCUCAUGUACAGUUGUACAGUCAUGACGUCUACACUCUGCUUUUCUCUGUCUCUGUGUCUUCUGAUGGCAUCGUCCGAAGCUGGACGGCAGAUGCCAAAACUUGCCGACAAGAAACUCUGCGCUGACUCUGAAUGCAGCUACCCCAUCUUGAUAGCUCGUGCAGUGCAGGACUACUAUCCUGGAGACUGCAGGUUCAUCCCCAUCAGACAGGGACAGCUGGUCUACGUAUAUGCGAUGCUCAAAGACACAGGGAACCUCUUCUGGGCUGGCACUGUACAAGACUCUUAUUAUGGGCAACAGGAGGCUCGUAUUGGACACUUUCCCAGCAGCGUUGUGGAGGAGACUCAUCCUCUCAUGGAAGCCAGCACUGAAGUCUGCACUACUAAAUGGGAUUUCUACUGUUACUGAUGACGUCUUCACCAAGAAAUCAGCCUUCAUUUCACACAAAUCUAUUAUGUAAUAAUAACAAGAACAUAAAGUAUGUGCUAUAAUAUCCACACUGAGUGCAGGGUGAUGGACAGUGACACGAGCAAGUGUGAUGUCAGUGACAGGUUUUCUUGUCUGGUAAAAGGUUCAUGAAAAAUCUUCUUGUCCUAAUUCACCGAUGUUAGACUAAAGUAUUAUAUUAUUAAGAAACAGGAAUAUUUCCAGUGCUGUUUGUUGUAUAACUGUAAUAAUAAAUAAAAGCCUGUAUGCAUAAGUAA